AUGGAAAGCUUCAACGGGAAGGAUGUUCAUAUAAAUUUCCUGGAGCCGGCAAUAACAAUCAGUGUGAUAUUUAUAUGUUUGUAUAUGAUUAUAAGUACGGACAAUCCUGCACACUUUCUUAUUAGGAGUUUUUUUUUUAAAAGUAAAAUAUUCUUGUGGGAAUUAAAAGAUAUUUUUACCAACAUUAACUUUUUUGCUCUUAUAUUUUCUUCCUUUUUUUUUGUAUCAUAUUACAUUUUGCAUUUGUUAAAGUAUGAAAACGUGAGGCCUCUUUUCUGUGUCAACUACAACUACUACGACAAGAUUCUUAAUUACAAGUUGAAGGACAUAAGCGUCAAGUCUUUGUUUCAGAAUGGCAUUAGCGAACAAAAUUACUUGGUUAAUCUUUUAUAUUCAUUUAAGUUUUUUUUUAAUAUAUUUUUUUUAAAUGAUGCUGGUUUGAUCCAAACUGUAUUUACCUUCUUCCUCGUAUUUGUGCUUUUGUCAUUAUACGCGAAGCAAGUCACUCGGGUCGUCUUCAUAAGCAGCACUCUAACAGGCGCAGUUGUUUCAGGCUUUAUGGUAGUGUUUUUUUUAAAAAAAAUUGUAAAUAUUGAGUAUAACCAUUGCGGCGAAGAAACUUCUUCUCUCCUAUUUUUAAUCUUUUUCUACAUAACCAAUCCAUACUUGAGUGUGUUUCAAUACAAAGACAAAAGUUUGCAUCCUUACCACGGCACGGAACUGCGGCUGUACAUCCAUCUGCUCUUCUUUGUAAAAUAUGUGGCAUAUGGAGGGACGUUGUACGAAGUCAAGGCACUCGUGGCGGUGAUCAUAUGUGCCAUUGUGUUUUCUCGGCAGGCCAUAGAGAGCUUCGAGAUGCACACAUUCACGAAGCUCAUUUGGCUGGCAGCAUACUACUUCGUUAACAACUACGUGCCCUUCGCGUUCUCCGGAAAUUUCACCCUCUCCAAGCUGUUCCAUUAUGACGUUAUGCAGCUGUUACGCAACGAGUUUGCAAGCAACAUUUCGCUUCACCACUUCAACGUCCGUUCAAGAAUACCAUUCAACUAUUUGGUGAGCAAAAUUUCUUUCUUCUGGAUUCCCUACAUGCUGCUAAACAGGACCCACAAAAACCUCAAGUACCUGAUAAUGCUUCUGAUGUCGAUCAAUUUGAUAGCGACCAGUACCUACUUGGCGAAGAACGUCGUCCCCGGAAUCCCACUCAACCUACUCCUCCUAUUCUGCUUAAACAAAAUUGGGAUUUAA